AUCGAGUCUCGCUUUGAGGGAUGAAAGAUUAUUUUUCUUUUUAACCCUUUGUUUCCUGCACAGAGAUCUGCACCGAACAAUCGAGAGGAGAAGAUGAUGCGCCAGGUGACGACCGGCGACUUCUGCAUGAACAGCCGUCCGUCGUGCCUGGCGGAGGACGGCCGCCACCCGGCCUCCCACUUUGACCUCUGCGCCCAGGCCAACAAGUUCUACCCGCCCCCGCCGCCGUCCGCCCUCCAGAUGACGCUGGCGCCCAUGGCCUUGCCCGCCCAGGUCCACAAGCCCCUGGCGUGCCAGAGGCAGGAGACGCUGGCGGGCCCGCCCGGGGGCAAGACCUCCAAGGACCCGAAGGACGACGCCGGCGGCAGCAAGAAGAAGAGCGGCAAAGCCGGCGGGAAGCCGGGCCGGCGCGGGCGGCCUCUGGGCACCACCAAGCUGGCCGGGUACAGAACCAGCACCGGGCGGCCGCUCGGCACCACCAGGGCGGCCGGGUUCAAGACCAGCCCGGGGCGGCCGCUGGGCACCACCAGGGCGGCGGGCUACAAGGUGAGCCCGGGCCGCCCCCCCGGCAGCAUCAAGGGCCUCUCCUCCCGCCUCAACAAACUGGCGUACGGCAGCGGCUGCAGCGGCGCGGCGUUCCCCUACCCGCUGCCGCACAAGGAGAUCCUCUGUGAACCUUCCUGCAAGGAGAAGGCGGCCAACGAGUGAAGGCUCCGCCCCCUCGCCUCCCGUUGGAUAAGAGACGCGUGGGCCAGAUGCUGGGGUGAGGGGGUGUAAUUAUUUUCUAUUCGUCGUGUUGGUGUCAUCUGUGUGCCACCAAAUAUAUAAUAAUAACGUUCUCCAGAUCCAUCGCCGUGCGUGGAGGGUGUCACUACACGUUGGGGGGGGGGGGGCUUUUUAAACGUUCUCUGGUGUCGUGUGCUUUAAACACAACUCUAAAAAACAAUGUUGCAUCACCGCAAACAAAGGAGGCCGUCAACGAGGACAUCGAGUUGAAAUGUGUCCCAUUACAACUCUUUUUGUUGUUGUUUUUGUUCUUCUUUUGUUGUUGUUGUUUUUUAAUUAUCAUUUUUCUUCUUGUUUUUGUUGUUUUUAUUAUGGGGUUUUUUAAUAAAAAAUGUUUACUCAUUUU